UUGAGUAGAUAUUUCAUUUAUUUUAACAGAUUAUUAUUAUUUUAUAUCCUGAUCUGUAUAAACCGAAAAAACCAUAGCUCAGUUGUGCAAAGAAGGUCUAUAGCUUCCCUCCCACCCUCUGCUUUUACCCUGUUUUGUUCCAAUGAGAAAGGCUCCCGACUCCUGAGUCUGACUAACCAUCACUAAUACGCAAAACCCCCCAAAAAAAAAGGCAAAAAAAAAAAAAAAAAAAAAAAAUCGGUGCGAUUGUGUCGGUGAAUUUGGAUUUUCUCUUCGUGGGGUUUUUAAAAAAAUUUCUCUCCUUUUGUUGGGUUUCAGAGACGUGGAGGCUUCCCCAGAUGACAAGCUUAGUGGCCAAGUAGCAUGCAACCCCUUCCUUCCGUCUCUUCCCAAAAACCCAUUCACCUUCUUCAACCUCUCUAAUUCUUCCCCAAUUCCCAGACCCACAACGGAACAACUGUAGAAAAAACUACACUCAUGGAGGGUCAAGAAGCUGCGGCUGCGGCUGCGGCCAAUAGGAAGAGAGGCGACAACGACAAGCCGUACAAGGGGAUAAGGAUGAGGAAGUGGGGCAAGUGGGUGGCCGAGAUUCGCGAGCCCAACAAGCGCUCCCGGAUUUGGCUCGGGUCGUACUCGACUCCCGUCGCCGCCGCCCGGGCCUACGACACCGCCGUCUUCUACUUGAGGGGCCCGUCCGCGAGGCUCAAUUUUCCCGAGGCGCUGCCGGUCGUCGGCGGAGGGUGCGGAUGCGACGGCGACAUGUCGGCGGCGUCGAUAAGGAAGAAGGCCACCGAGGUCGGCGCCAGAGUCGACGCGGUGGAGACGGCCAUGCGGCAACACAGGGCGGCUGCGGCGGGGGGUCCGAUGGAGGAGAUGAAGCCGUGUAGGGCGGCGGCGGCGGAGGAGGAGGAGAGCGGGUUCGUCGAUCGGGUCGACUUGAACAAGAUGCCCGACCCGGAGGAAACGGACGGCGGAGUCUGCGAUUGGGGGAGGAAUUAAAAUUAGUUUGAGGGGGAUUGGGGGUGUGUGGCUGCUAACGUGCGCAGGGGAGGUAUGUGACGGCUGAAGCAAUGAUGAAGCUUUCGUCCUGGUCCUGGGGAUUACAAUUUUAGUCAGUCUACUACUACUGUAUCUCUCUUUUUUUCUUUCUCUUUUUUCUUUUUGUUAAUUUUUUUUCUUUUUCUUUUUUGCGUUUUAAUGAGAAAUUUUGGUAGUAUAAAAUGUAAAUUAUGGGAGUAACAAGCUUAUUUUCUGCAUCCUCUGUAA